UCCGGGCAAUAACUCAAAUACCGUUGGCCCGAUUUUGUUCAUAUUUUGUACACAUAUACCCUAUGGGGGUACAAGUUCUGCUUGAAAGCCGAUUUUCAAAAUGGCCGCUCAUUUCAAAAUGGCGGCCAUUUUAGUGCCGAAUUUACAGUUUUUACGAUUUUUCCUGUAACUCGAAAAGUAGUGGAGCGAUUUUGUUCAUAUUUGGUAUGUGAAUACUAUAAACAUUGCACACUGUCUAAAGACACUUUUGGUAGAAGGUGGCCAUUUUAAAAAAUGGCCGCCAUUUUAACCUAUUUUACUAUAACUCGAAAAGUAGUGAAGCGAUUUUGUUCAUAUUUGGUAUGUGAAUACUAUAAGUAUGGCACACUGUCUAAUGACACUUUUGGUAGAAGGCGGUCAUUUUUCAAAAUGGCCGCCAUUUUAAUGUAUUUUACUAUAACUCGAAAAUUAGUGUAGCGAUUUUGUUCAUAUUUGAUAUGUGAAUACUAAAAGCCUGACACACUAUCCUAUGACACCUUUAGUAGAAGGUGGCCAUUUUGAAAAAUUUUUAAAAAAUGGCCGCCAUUUUAAUGUAUUUUAUAAUAAUUCGAAAAGUAGUGAAGCGAUUUUGUUCAUAUUUUGUAUGUGAAUACUGUAAGCAUGGCACACUGUCUAAUGACACUUUUGGUAGAAGGUGGCCAUUUUUCAAAAUGGCCGCCAUUUUAACGUAUUUUACUAUAACUCGAAAAGUGGUGGAGCGAUUUUGUUCAUAUUUGGUAUGUGAAUACUAUAAGUAUGGCAAAUGGUCUAAUGACACUUUUGGUAGAAGGCGGCCAUUACAUACAAUCCAACCUAUUCCAUGACAUAUGCUUAAUCCCCCCUUUUGGAACAAGAGGCAAGUCCCCAAAAAUAAAUAAAUACAAAAUGAUCAGUCCCUGGUAGUGACCCAAUAGGUGUCGCCCACUAUCUCAUUGAAUAUUCAUAAAAAAUCUUGCCUUCGAAUGGAACAGAGGAUUUUCUUUUUCAAGUCUCUUAUUUUUCAAUUCUAUUAGAAACUGGCGUUGUUUUAUCGCUUAGUAGCUGAUAAGAUUGAAGAAUUAUAUAUAUUCUAGCAAUGGAAGGCUAUGAAGAAGGUGAAAUUAGUAAUUUUACUGGAGAAAACCUGGCCUCAGACGUGGCCGCGGUUGCAAGGUUAGGUUCAGGACUGUCAAAUUUUGUGGUCAACGAUGUCAAUUUACAGUCUACCGUUACUAGCACAGAUAAUAUUCGUAAUAUUAUUCAAGAGGAAGUGAAUAAACGUCUUGAAGAGUCAUUUCGAAAUUCACAAACGGGAAAAAAUGGUCCACCAUUGACGACAUUCCAUGUGGCUAGUGGUGUCUCAAGGGGUGCUUCUGCCAGUCAUUCCCCUUCAUAUACUCGUAAACGUAGCCGGUCACCACAACGUAGGCCGUCACCACAACGUAGUAGGCAGGAUGACCGUUAUUUUAGGUCGAGAUCUUCCGACUACCAUUUUGGUAGUUCUCGGAGUCCACCCUAUAAAUCUCAGAGUCUGCACUUCCGGUCCAGUUCUGGUAGGUCCCGGAGUCCAUACGGCCGUUCUAGAUCUCCAGUUCAAAGUGAGUAUCACUCUAUUUCUCAUCGUUCUGGUCAUUCUAUUCCUCAUCGUUCAGGUCACUCUAUUCCUCAUCUUUCUGGUCAAUCGGUUCAGCAUUCUACAGUUAAGUCGUCAACCGGAAGUAUGAAUUCUUCACGCAUGCGCACUGUUAAUACAGCAAAUGAAAGUGUUCUUUCUUUGGAUAAGUUGAACAAUUCUAAAGAUUCUGAUGAUGAUAAACAGGAUGAUAAACGAUCUUCCCAAUCUGAGACAGUUAGUUUAGUUAGACAAUUGUUGGAUUCUACAAUUUCUGCUUUAGAAGGUGAGGUUAGUAAGGAUUCAAAAAGAGAAACUUUAUCUAUGGUUGCUCUUCAACAUAAACAAGAUAAGAAAGAAGUCAAUAGUUUACCUUGUCCUCCAAUUUUUC